AUGACGGGCCACGAACACAAGGUCGUCUUUGUCUAUGCUUCCCAUCAGCAAGUCUUGCUUCCUUCCACUUUCCGCCUUCUGCAUCUUGCAUCUCGCUACGAUGUCUUCCUCAAAGCAUUCCUCGACUCGGCUUACAGGGAACUGCUGAGCGAGACGGAGGCAGCUUCAAGUGCGCGGUCCGUCGUGAACGAUCACUCGAGAGUCUUCACCCUUCCCAAAUCCUUCGUCGACCUCGGUCAGGUCGCCUCUGCUCAGGAUCUUCGCACUCACGCAAUCUCUCUGACGACAUUGGCGCAAAUCGCGGUGGUCUUGGCCUCCAGGGACGACUUCAAGCAAGCGAUGCGGGCCGACUUUGCAGCAGCUUGGGAUCCCGAAUCGUCCUUGACCGUCUCGCUUCUCCAAAACGUGGACGUCACCAACACGCUGGACGUGAUCUCUAAAGGCAUUGAGAUGGUCCGUCUGGCUUGCUGGAUCGAGUACCUUUUCCACAUUGGCUACACACAUGGCAUCAGUGGCGAGAAGGGACGAUUCUUUGUCAGCGGAGUCACGGACGGAGUUGCCGCCGUCGCAGACAAGUGUCAGAAGACGGGGCAGCGCUGCGAGAGCACCAUGGCAGGUCUUGCGAUUGGGUGCACCAGCACCGCGGUGCUUGAAGACUUGCUGUCGGGCAGAGAUGACGACGCUAGCCAAGAAUUGUUCUCGAACCGAAAGUCUGUCUUUCCGUCGCUGGACAUCAACGAGUGGGCACAGCUCCGACCAGAUCUGGUGUCUCGUCUACGAGAGCGCAACAUCAAGGUCGCAGUCGACGGUCACACGAUAUCACACCAGGCAGCCUCGCCAACAACCCAGCUUUCCGUCAACCUCGACCACGUCUUCACGAGCCUGGACUUCGGUCGAUCGCCACAGCGCUUUCAGAGCACGUUGGAUCUCCUGCGCGAACAAAUCGCGUCGUCACGUAUCUACGCUCCACGCAUCGAGCUACUGCUUUUGGGGGGAUCGAUGAGGGAAAGAUUCGCGAUCAACGUGGCAAGCACCUUCAAGUCGCUCGAGCUUCAUCACGUGCCGGUCAGACUCCUUGACCUGCUCUAUCCAAAGGACUCUCACCGCUUCGGAGAUGAGCCUGUCAAGCUGUCCAAGGUGCAAGGCGAUCCCAUCAACCAGAUCGCCAUCAUCGGGAUGUCUUGCAGAGUGCCCGGAGCUCAGGAUGCAGAUGAGCUAUGGGCGAUGCUCAAGCAAGGCAGGGACAUGUGCGAAGAUAUUCCCGAGAGGCUCUAUCGCUAUCAAGACUAUCAUUCAGCAUCUUACCGAGAGCGCAACGUGAUGCGAGUCAAGACGGGCAACUUCGUGGCCGAGCCUAGCUUGUUCGACAAGAGCAUUUUGGGCGAAGCUGCUUCCGACGAAGACUGCGCCAACAUGGACCCGCAGCAGAGGGUCGCCAUCCUGACCGCGUUCGAGACGCUGUCGAAAGCUGGCUACGGCUUUUCACCUCACCGACAUCCGAAGCAGCCCGAGCAAUGGAGCACCCACCUCGCCUACUGCAGCGACGACUACCGAGAGCAUCUGAGCCAGAAGAUCGAGGCCGACUUUGUGCAAAACACGCAUCGCGCUCAUCUCGUCGCCAAGGUCAAUGAGACUUUCGGCUUCCGUGGCGAGGCUUGCACGUACGACACGGCAUGCAGCUCCGCUCUGGUUGCGGUCGAGGCAGCUUGCAACAGCUUGCUGGCCGGCGAGACGUCGGCAGUCUUGACGGGAGGAGUCAAUAUCCUCACUCAGCCUCAGAUCACCAUCGGACUCGACAGAGGCUUCUUCCUUUCGGCUUCCUCGCAGUGCAUGACGCUGGACGACGCAGGCGCUGGCUAUUCUCGUGCCGAUGCCGUCUCCAUCAUGCUGCUCAAACGUCUACCAGACGCGGUGCGAGACGGCGAUCCGAUCUUGGCGGUCAUCUCGUCGGCCGCCACCAAUCACUCUGGCGAGUCGUUCUCGAUCACUCACCCUCACGGUCCCACACAAAAGAGGCUCUACCAAUCAGGUAUGAUCGCCAGCAAGACGCUUCCCGAGGACUACAGCUACAUCGAGAUGCACGGCACGGGAACACAGAGCGGAGACUUGGAGGAGGUGACCGGCAUUGUCAAGACCUUCGGCGAAGGAAAGAGGGACGCACAACCGCCGCUCGUCCUCGGCUCUGUGAAGGCCAACGUCGGGCACUCGGAAGCUGCUUCCGGCGCCACCAGCAUGAUCAAAACCGUCCAGAUCUAUGAGCACGGUGAGGUGCCUCGGCACAUUGGCAUUCGCACUCAGCUCAACACCAAGCUGCCGCCUCUGGAUGGGUUUCUGGUGCCGAUGCAGGAGACCACGCUGGACAGCAUCGACCACGCCUUCACCCUUGUGGACAACUUCUCUGCGGCCGGCGGAAAUUCUUCGAUCGUCAUGGAUCGCGGCACGCUGUACCGGGACCGACUGAAGAGAAUGAGCGAAGACGCCCAUACUACAACAGCAAGUCCGGCCGAAGAGUCCAGAGGCAAGCACCACCUGCUCUUCGUCACUGCUGCUACUUCGUUCUCCUUGGACGCCCAGAGGCGCAGAUUGAUCGCCUUCCUGGAUGCCAACAAGUACGUCACCUUGACAGAAUUCUGCAGUACCGUCUCGCUCGGUGACCCUAUGCUCGCCCAUCGUCUGAUCGCCAUUCCCUCCAGCAUCAGCGAGGCCAAGACAUGCUUGAGCAGCCAAGAGUCUGUCUUCGUCGACGCUAGUCGCUGGAAGGGCAAAGCUUGCACCAUCGGUAUCGUCUUCAGUGGCCAAGGGUCACAGUAUCUCGACAUGGCACGGGAGCUCUACGAAAACAGCACCACAUUCCGCGCCAACGUGGACAACUGCAACGCCAUCGCCCUGGAUCUGAACCUGCCCAGUCUGGUCGAGGUCAUCUAUCCGUCCCAGAAUACGCCAAAGUUGGAGAAGGGGACCGUCAGGCCCGAGCGCAAAGCAGACAGCUUCAACCCGGCCCAGUAUCAGCUGGCGCUCAUCGCUGCCGAAGUUGGACUGGCCAUGAUGCUGCUCGACUGGGGCGUGGAGCCGUCUUGCGUCGUCGGCCAUUCGCUCGGGGAGUACACGGCUCUCUGGCUAUCUGGCGUUCUUUCCUUGCGCAGCCUGAUCGAGCUGGUCGGCCGCCGUGCCAUGCUCAUGAUGGAGCUGUGCACGCCCAACGCCUCGUCCAUGCUGGCUAUCCGCGAAGGACCCGAUCGCGUUCGCCAGCUGCUUCAAGAGCCUGAAUUCAAGGAGCUCGAGAUCGCUUGCCUCAACAGCCCGAACGACACCGUGGUCGCGGGUCGCAACGAGGACAUCGAGAAGCUGCUCAGAUUCUGCGAGCAAGCUGAUCCAAAGAUCAAGGCAAUGGCCAUCCCGGUGCCGUAUGCCUUCCACUCGAAGGCCGUAGAGCCGCUCGUCGUCCAAUUCUGCACCGAGGCCGCGGCCCAUCGAUACUCGAAACCGACCAUCAAUUUUGCCUCCAACUACUUCGGCACAGUGAUCAAAUCAGGCGACGGCGAUAUUGAUCCAUCCUCCCUCGUUCACCAUCUCCGCGAACCAGUCCGCUUCUCAGAGUCAAUCAGGGUCUUGCAAAAGACGAUCGAUGUCGAUCUCUGGAUCGAAGUCGGCCCUCAUCCGACCUGCACACCCAUGCUGAAGGGCUGCUACGCCGAAACCUCCCGCAUGCCAGACUUCCUCACUUCCUUCCGACGGGGCAGCUCGUCUUGGUUUCUAACACUCGGUCUCGUAAGAGAGCUGGCGACCCGCGGUCUGGACCUCGAUUGGGACAAGGUCUUCAGUCAACUCGGUCUGCGUUUCGGGCACCACAGGCUUGCGGCGGAUCUUCCCCUGUAUCCAUUCGACCUCGAAGAAUUUUGGGUGCCAUUCAAGGAUCGAUGCCUGCGAGACCACCUCAUGGUCACUUCUGGCGAUGCAUCGGAGGAUUCGUUGGUUCAGGUUGAGCGCAACAAGCUGGCUACACAGAAGCCUCCGAGACCGCUUCACGCUCUGUUGUCGCAAUGCAUCAAGCUCGAGUCUAACCCACUUGUGGCAGCAUUCCUUGCACGCGUCAAUCAGCGGCCCUUCCGCGACUUCAUCCAAGGCCACAUCAUCCUUGGCGUUCCUUUGGCCCCGGCCACAGUGUUCGUCGAGCUGGCGCAAGAGGCCGGGAUGUACUGGUGGCAAGCAGAUCCCUGCAAGCAAAGACCUCGGGGCCAGAUGGAGGACGAUGUGGUCAUCGAGGUGAUCGACUUGCACAUGGUCGCUUCGCUCUAUUUGAACGAGCGAGACCCGAAGCAGAGCGUCGAAGUAUCGCUACAAGGCAACCCCACCGCCAACGAUGGCUCCAUUGUGCAAUUCUUCUCGCACAGCGAGCAUCAGCAUCAACAGCAUCAAUACGGAGCGUGCCGCAUCCGCAUCACAACGACCGAGCAGGCUACUCGAGAAUGGACCAAGUUGCGUCAUCUCGUCGUGAGGACAACUUCGGCCAUCAAAGCCCAGCCGUCUUCCAUGAUCAGAACCAACACAAUCUACAAGCACUUCGAAGCCAUCGUGCUGUACCUGGACGGCUUCCGAGGCAUGAACACGAUCUGGCUGACGGAGCGCGGUGACGAAGCUGUGUCUCAGGUCAGCUACAACGCCGCCGCGUUCAACGACCGCUUCUUGUGCAGCCCCAUGCUUCUCGACAGUCUCGGUGGGCUGACCGGCUUUGUUAGCAAUGUCGGCUUUGCGGAGGGAGCCUUCGUCUACAUGGCGGAGGCGAUCGGCCGAAUCGUUACCAUGCCGGCUCUGAGGAAGAUCUUGCCUGGCAGCGCAACGAAGCUGCAGGUGUACGCCAGAAUGGAGCAGGACAAGGACCUUUCGAAAGGUUCCGCCUACUUCUUUUUGCCGGACGACGGCGAACUGAUCGGCAUGAUGGAGAACAUCGUAUUCAAACGCAUCCGCCGAGACAUGCUCAGCCGACUCGUCCAGCUUUCUUCCAAGGCCUUUGCCAGCGAGGCAGCCAAGCAAGCAGCGGACAAUACCAGCAAAGUCAGUCUCGCUUCCACGUCCAACGCUCGCUCGACCAGGCAGACAGAAGUAGCGCCAAGCAAUUCCGAUACGUCGACGAAGAUGGACCGCGGAGCAUGUCCAGUUCCGCCAGCCAAACUGGCCCGAGACAGCAGUUCUGGCUCGCCCAUGGAUGAGCUCACGAACCCAAACCGACGCUGUUCAUUCUCGGCUCCUGUGCACAUCGCUGGACCUCUGUUGAAGCGUUUCGAGGGACGAAAUGUCCUCUUCAUCUUUCCUGACGGCAGCGGCACUGCUCAGAUGCUCCCUAAGCUCGAGCUUCCCGGCUCACUCUCCGUCUAUGGCUUUGACUCGCCAUACCUGGGAUGUGCUGGAGCAUGGAGUCGGGGCAUAGCUGAACUAGUGGAUCGAUACAUUGAGCUGCUUCACCAUGUGCAGUCGCGAGGACCGUACAAGCUGGCAGGCUGGAGCAUUGGAGGCGUCUUCGCCCUCGAAGCGGCCCGUCGUCUUCUCUCUGCCGGACACCAAGUCGAUUUCGUGGGCCUGAUCGACACGCCCAGCCCGCGACAGAUCCAGCCCCUCCCGACAGACACGCUCGAAGAGAUGCUGAAGAAGAUCUCGUCCAACACGAUCCGCGAGCACUUCCGAUCGUGUGCACUCAGUCUGCCAGAAUACCGAUGCCAAGCAUUCCAAGCGACGGACCGGCUGCCAGGCAAGAUCAUGAUCGUCAACGCCACGGAUGACUCGAAGCUCAAGGGUGUGAUGGCGAACGAAGAAGAGUGGCGUUCCUUCUGGUCCAGCUCGGCAAAAGUCGGCUACUGCGAGGUGAGAGGCGACCACUGGACCUGCCUCAAGCCAGCUCUCGACCUCGUCGUUCGCAGUGCCCAGUGA